AUCGCCACAGAAUUAGUAUUUAUUAUUUUUUCGUACUUCGGAAUAUUCCGAAUUGUUGGGUGAGAGAGAGAAACAAAGAAAAGCCAUUGGAAGGAGGACGUACACAAGGAUUUUACCGUAUUAAUGAUAUCAUUAGCUACAGCAAAUUGGCGAUGAUUUCCCGGUGGCUGGGGGUGGGCGUUGUGAGACCUAUGAGUGUGCUGCUUCUUCUUGCUUGCUGCGCUUCCGAACAAGAGCCACCUGUGUACCGAAUUGCCUUCGGAUCCUGCGCCAACCAAAGCGAUCCCCAGCCUAUAUGGAGUGCAAUAAUUGACUUCGAUCCUCAAAUUUUUAUCUGGCUGGGUGACAACAUAUAUGGGGACAUUAAGCGCCCUAUGAAGUUAUUUGGUAAGGAAAGGACAAUUGGGCCAUGGAAGAAUGUUCUAAGAUUUGUUCCUUCUUCUGAGCAUGAAAUGCAGGCUAGAUAUGAUAAGGCUAAAAACAAUCACGGUUACUCUCGUCUUCGACAGAACGUGAAGGUAAUUGGCACCUGGGAUGACCAUGACUAUGGGUUAAAUGACGCGGGAAAAGAAUUUCGUGGCAAAAUUACUAGCCAAAGGCUUUUGUUGGAUUUCUUGGAUGAACCUCGUGAUAGCCCACGGCGCAAUCAGGCUGGUGUUUAUGCAUCAUACACAUUUGGCCCUGUGGGUAGACAAGUGAAGGUUAUUCUCUUGGAUACCAGAUACCACAGAGACCCUUUGUUUAGUGAUGGAGCUAUGUUGGGCAAUUUGCAGUGGUCAUGGUUGGAGAAAGAGUUGAAUGGUCCAGCAUCAGCUAUCACUAUAAUCGGAUCUUCUAUACAGGUUAUAUCGAAUCUCUCAGCUGCCACUGGCCCUUUGUUCUAUUUGGAGUCGUGGGGACUUUUCCCAAAGGAGAGAACUCGCCUUUUUAAGUUGAUUGCCAAUAGCAAGAGGGAUGGGGUAUUCUUCAUAAGUGGAGAUGUUCAUUUUGGAGAAAUCACCCGAUGCGACUGUGUUACUGGAUAUCCCUUGUAUGACAUAACCUCAAGUGGUCUUACCCAAGCUGUUGAGAAGGCAAUCCCACCACCUCUACAUUUGCUGCUAAGGUUCCUGGCGUGGUUGACACCAAGCACUAUGAGAGUCAAAGACAAAAGCUGCAGAUACAGGUCAUGCACAUAUGGGCAACCAAAUUUUGGAGCAAUAGAGAUAAAUUGGGAUGCUACUCCAGUGAGUUUGAAAUUUGAAGUCAAGGAUGCAAAUGGAUUGACGGUUAUGAGCGUGAAUAGGACACUACUAGAUCUGCAAUCCAAAAGUUCCAACUCAAACGUCUAUGGGAGGGGAGAAGAUUGGAAAUACUGCUCUCUUGAAGUUAAUCUACCCUGGAUUGUCAGAUAUCGUUUGCUUGUUCUCUUUUUUUGUGCUUUUUCUGUGUUGCUUCUUGCCCUGAUAGGUCUCAUCUCUGCGGUUGCAUCAGUCUGCAUCAAAUACAUUCUCAAAUGCAAGCUCGAUUGACCAAGUUAUUUAUGUUUAUUAGACAAAUUGAAUGUGCAUGGGUUAAUCAUUGUUGAAUAAUUCACCUACUAGUUUGGAAUGUAGAUUUUGUUUCAUUGGAAAUGUUGGCUUGAAUCAGUGUCACUCCGUCUUAAUAUGAGCUAGUAAGUAUAAA